GUGGCUGAAGCUCGGCUCAUGGGCCCAGGUAGCUCCAGGCGAAGUUGCGAAUGGACUGAGUAAGCUCCAAUCAUGAAUUCAUGAUUUAAUGGGGGAUUGAUCAACUUCUGAAGAGUGAAGACCAGUACAACAGAAUUGAGAUUUUGGAGUGGAAGCGUGAAAACAAAGGUGAUACAGCUAUUGUUAUGUAUAUGGUUAACGACACACCCGGCGCAAAGUAACGACAUAGGUAGUGGAUUUUGACGUUGUAGUUCUGUCUUUGGCUGACAAAACUUUCCUCUUUGGGGUCAUCCACUUCUUCUCGCUCUCUCUGUUUCUUCUGUUUCUCGUUAUUAGACCUCCCAGUUGCCGAAAUGGCGAUGACGAUCGAAGGCUUGCUGGUCUUGCUUUAUUGUUUUCGUCCAGCAUUCUACUGCAAAUCCUGGCUUGUGCGAUUUACAGCAACUGGUGGCCAUUGUUAACAGCUCUUAUGUAUGUUCUGGUACCUAUGCCCUGUUUAUUCUUCGGCGGUGGCUCCACUCAUUUCUUAACUAGUCGGGAUGGUGGGGGCUGGUUGGAUGCUGCCAAAUUCCUGACCGGGGCAUCUGCUGUUGGGAGUAUCGCAAUUCCUGCUAUCCUUCGGCAUGCUAAUCUUAUAGAGACUGGGGCAAUGUUCAUCGAGUUCAUAUCAUUCUUCAUUCUUGUCUGCACUGUCAUGUGUUUUCAUUAUGCUAACCUUGAAGAUGAUUGGUGAUACAACUUGCCAUCAAGAAGUACAGCCGAAUCUCUUUGCCAUUAAUCAGUGGGCACAGUUGUAAAUGAUAUGAAAUUUGGCACUAUCAUGGAUUGGGUGGGGGAAGGGGAAAUGAUCAAAAAAGAAAAAAAAAAAGGGAAAAGAAUUCCCACUAUGUGAAGUUAGUAUUUGGUUACUAACAAAUGCUUCUGUGGUCCAAGGUAUGUAAUUGCAGAUGCCUAGGGUUAAAGUUGACAGAUUAUAACAAUUAUCCUACCUUUUACACUAUUCUGUGAUGUUAUAUAUGGAGUUUGUUUUUGAUUCUUUAA